CCUCAGGGUGUUGGAGUGGGAGAAAUUCAGUACUUCACCACCCAGCCCUCCUGAAGCUGAUAUUUGGAAGGCCUCUGCUGGUGAUGAUUCUGGUUGCUUCUGAAGGACCUAUUGCACAGUGACAGGAAGCUGCCAAAACACAUUGUGCCACAUCCGGGGAAGCAGAGGACAGCAUGAGACUCUCAUUCCUUCUUGUCUCUGGAGAUGAGGAGCUUUUUGCAAUCUUUGCAUUUGCAACAUGCGGUGGGUACUCUGGAGGACUGCGCCUCAGUGUGGACUGUGCAAACAAGUCAGAGAGUGACCUCAACAUUGACAUAGCCUUUGCCUACCCGUUCAGGUUGCAUCAAGUGAAUUUCGAUGCUCCCACUUGUGAAGGCAAGCGCCGAGAAACGCUCUCCUUGAUAGGGGACUUCUCCUCGUCAGCAGAGUUCUUUGUCACCAUUGCAGUCUUCGCCUUCCUCUACUCGCUGGCUGCCACCGUGGUUUAUAUCUUCUUCCAGAACAAGUACCGUGAAAACAACAGGGGACCUCUAAUUGAUUUCAUUGUGACAGUGGUCUUCUCCUUCUUGUGGCUAGUGGGCUCAUCUGCUUGGGCUAAAGGACUGUCCGAUGUAAAGAUUGCCACCGACCCAGACGAAGUGCUCUUGCUGAUGUCAGCCUGCAAACAGCAGUCCAACAAAUGCUUGCCCGUUCGCAGUCCUGUUAUGUCAAGCCUGAACACUUCUGUUGUCUUUGGAUUCUUGAACUUUAUCCUCUGGGCAGGCAACAUUUGGUUUGUGUUUAAGGAGACGGGCUGGCACUCCUCGGGCCAGCGGCACGCUGCAGACACCAUGGAGAAGCAGUCCAGUGGCUACAACCAGGGAGGCUACAACCAGGACAGCUAUGGGCCAGCUGGGGGCUACAACCAGCCAGGCUCCUACGGGCAGGUGGGUGACUACGGCCAGCCCCAGAGCUACGGCCAGAGUGGGCCAACUUCCUUCUCUAAUCAGAUUUAAGGUGGUGUGAGCUCUUCCAUCCCUCACACACAGAGCAUUUAGCAGGUCUCAAGUUUCCGUGGCACCAGGUUUUUAAGGGUUUUACACAAAUAAAUACUACAACGCAGCGUUCAAUGUCGGUUGACGAUCUAAUUCUACCUCCUGAGGUGGAUGGGAGGUGGCCCGUGGCUGGAGCUGGCAUGUUGAGCCCCUGAUAGGCAUAUAAGGGGUGUGUGCAUCACAGGUGGUGACCUGGAGUCCGUGUUGUAGUGCGUACUGUAGAGAUAACUUUAUGGUAGUUUUGUAUGUGUUAAGAUGGUAGAAGCAUUUUGUAGCCUCAAGUCUGUAGUAUUUAAUAUGCAUAAUAUAAUUGAAUUUCCUUCUGCAUUUUGGUGAGAAACAAAAGUGUUUUACUAUUAUUUCUACUGAUUAUUCUGUAUAUCCAUGCAUGUAACGGUUUCAAAGCUGCCUGUCUGUGACUCUCCAGAGCCUUUGUUUUGAUCACAUCCUUUGUUUCAGAAGAUCUUACUAUAAUUUCAAUUAACCGAGUCAUCUGUAACUUAGUGCAUGGAGAAGCAGUUUCAUACUACCAAAUGUCUGGACUGUGUAAAUGGAACUUCUCAACUUCUGCCACUACAUUUUGUUAAAUGUAUGUUUAAAAGAAGUAUGCAUCUUUUAUAUAUUUUGCAGAGUUGAAUAUAUGGCUUACCCAAGUUCUGAAUGCUUUGUAACAAAAAUGUUUUUUCCUUGAAAUGGCAUUCAGUAGUAUUUAUGGUACCUGACCAAUGUUUAUUCCAUCUAACCGAGCUAAGUAUUCAUUCUAUAAAUCACUAUUUCUAUGGAUGUUUUGUGAAUCUUUAUAUGUGAGCUGUGGAGAAUAAGGACCAAGUAACUGUGUUAUAUGUUUACAAAGGUACUUAUUUAACUAAGAUAACAGAGGUGCAGAUAUCAGCAUAUAAAUCCACCUGAAGAUGCCCUGUGUCUCAGUACAUAAAACAUGAAAAAUGCAUGUACUGUUGUGACCUUACGAAGCGUAAGCUUUCCUUUAUACCCUCUUAUCGUGAGAAAGUCUUUCUAUCUGUGCUGUUCAAAGAUUGUUGGAUUUCCCUGUGUUCUGUUGCCGCUCUGAGCAUGAGCUUGGUGCUACUGGAGAAUGUAACUGGAUUGACCAAAUAGCCCAGGUUCAGAGGAACUCAUGCUAAAAUAGCCAGUGCCUGGCUCAUAGCCCACUGGGAUUUCUCCCUGGAAGAUUCCUCACUGCAGAGUAUUGGAUGCGUUGACAUGAAGUAAAGCCUGAAACACGAUACGAUAAUCAAAACUGAUCAUCUGCAUUUCUAAAUAAAAGUGUAUCAGUAUAUAAUCUUGUAUGAGCUGUAAUGUUGAAAGCAUCUUAGCUUAAAACAGCUUAGUUUCUUCUAUGAUUGUUGUAACCAAUUUAUGGCUACUUGGUGGAUGAAUCUAUAUUGUGAUAUCUAUUUGACCCUAAUAAAGUUAUUGCAUACAAUGUGCUUUUUUCAGAGUAUGAUAAUAUUAAAAUGUCACUGCAAAAUAACCAAGAUGGUGGACAGAAUAUCAUCUCCGUGCUUGACAUUAUUGGUCAUAUUCUUAUUGUUUUCCAACACCUUUAAGAGCAUUAUUUCAAUGUGCAGUGGAAUACAAGAUGAUUCUGUGGAUACUUGUCUCUAAUGGUCACUAUCACAAGUUAAAAAAUAUAUAUAUUAAACUGUGCAAUUUAAUAUC